CGCCACUCCAAUACAUAGCUGGCAGUCGCGGCGGUCGCACUAUAACAGUAGACGAACUUGGAACUUUUUUUAAUUUUGUGUGUGUGGUUGCGACCUCAUUUCAAGCUUUGACAAAGGACCUGAAUUUCAUGAUGAAGGUCGUACUAUUAUGCUUGGCCUUCGCGGCUGUGAGUCUGGCCAUGCCAGUAGCUGAGGAGAAACCCGUCGAGGUACCGGCUCAAGUUGCAGAGGUCAAGUCUGAAGAACCAAAACCCGAAGCUAUUUCUCCACCAGCUGCCGUAGAAAAGAAAGUUGAACCAGAGCCUGAGAAAGAGAAAGCUCCUGAACCUGAAGUCAAGAGUGCUCCAGUCGAAGCUAAAGCUGAAGCUGAGGCGCCCAAACCUGAGGAAGUGAAAGAAGAGAAAAAAGAGGACAAGGCUCCUGAAUCCAAGUCUGCCGAGCCAGCCAAAGCUGCAAAAGCUAAGCCCGAAGAAAGCAAACCAGAAGAGCCUAAGUCUGUCAGCGAAGUUGCUCCUGAGGUGAAACCUGAAGAGUCAGCUAAAGCAGAGGAAGUUUUGCCUCUUGAUGACGCCGCAGCAGCCAAGUCUAUUCCCGAAGAGCCCAUUGACGUCGUUACCGCAAUCAAGUCUCCUGCCGCAGUCGCUGAUGAUGUGGUUGACCCCGCUGCCAUUAUCCCAACACCCGAGAAGAAAAUCGACUUACCUGUAGGCAAGAGUGCCGAACCCAUCGCUGAAGAAAAGAAAGAGGAAUCUGCUCCCGCUGCCGUUGCGGCCGUAGAAGAGAAGCCCGCAGAAACCAAAGCCGAAGAGAAGCCUGCUGAAGUACCUGCUGCCAAAUCAAGCGAAGCUGCCGCCGAAGACAGUCUGCGCGUGGUUCGUGACACCGUUGAGGAGAAAGCUAAGGUUGAGGAGGUCAAAGAGGUGCCCAAACCCGAGGAGGCCAAGCCUGUUGAAGAAGCUGUUAAGGAAGCUGUUAAGGAGGCCGAGCCCGUGAAGGAAGGAAAGGCCAACGAGCCCGCCCUAAGCGAACCCGUGAAGCCCAGCGAGGCCAAGGAAGUCGAGGCCGCCGCUCCCGCCGCCCCCGCUGAGCCCGCUGUCCCUGCUGCGGCUGAAAAGUCCGAGCCCGUGCAGUUCGAGCCAGUCAAGCCCGCCGAGGAGAAACCCAGUGAACCAAAGCCCGAGGAACCCAAAGAGAAGCCGCAAGGUGACGCCCCAGCCCCAAACAGUUCUGAGGAGAGCAAAGAGAGCAGCGAGAAGAAGGAAGAGAGCGGAGAGGACUCUUCCGAGGAGAGCGGCGAGAAGAAGAGUCCCAAAUCUUAGAUUAGUUUGAGUGAGAUGGCGCUAGCGGCGGGCGUGGGUCGACGGCCCUCGACCCCCGCCCCCCGCCCGCGGCCGGUGCGCCGCGCCGCAGCGCGACGUAUGUAUAUGUGAUGCAUGCACGUAUGUAUAUGUGAUUGAGUGAGUGGCAAAAGCCACGUUGACGCGUCUGCGUGGGUAUUCCCGUCUAUUCACUAGAAGACCUAGAGACUUAUUUAAAUAGCCGAAUCGAAAAAUUACCUGCGUUGUAAUUAUUA